AUGUCCAACCUGCAGUUGACCUUAGCGUCAAAGGCUAACCAGGCCUCUCUACUUCCUGCUCUGCUCGUCGCAACCUCGCUCAACGAAGCACGGCCAUCCCCGGUGAUUACCAUCACCUACGAGGAUAAGGCCGUCCUCGAGCAGGGCGAUAAGGCCGUUGUUCAGUUCGUUGGACUCAGCGGUACUCCCGUUUUUGGGACUGUUAAUGUUGUAGGAGAAUUACUCAAGGAUUUCCCAUUCCUCAACUCGAAGGACCAGAAGCUCGAGAACGAGUGGCUUUCUCAACUUGACUCUUUCACUACCCUUGACUUCAAGGCUCUUGAUCUUUUGCUCCAGCGCCUCAAUACCCAUCUCCUUUUGCGGUCCUUCAUCGUUGGAUACUCGCUGUCUACUGCCGACAUCUCCAUUUGGGGUGCGCUCCGCGGAAACCGUGUUGCUGUCUCUGCUAUCAGAAAGGGGGCUCUUGUCAACUUGUCUCGCUGGUUCACCUUCCUGGAAGAUCUUUGUCCGUGGGCCACAUCUGCUCUGGAGGCACUGAAUGCCACCGCAAAGGAGAAGAAAGCGGCGAAGGCCAAGGAAGGAGCUAACUAUGACAUUGCACUUUUGAACACCGAAAAGGGUGUCGUGACCCGGUUCCCACCCGAGCCUUCGGGCUAUCUCCAUAUUGGUCACGCUAAGGCAGCUCUUCUGAAUGAUUUUUUCGCGCAUGAGAAAUACAAUGGCACCCUGCUUGUCCGUUUCGAUGACACCAACCCUACCAAGGAAAACACCGAGUUCCAAGAUGCUAUCGUCGAAGAUCUUGCUCUGAUGGGGAUAAAGCCGGACCGGAUGAGCUAUACCAGCGAUUACUUUGACCAACUCUACGACUACGGUGUGCAGAUCAUUAAAGACGGAAAUGCGUACGCCGAUGAUACAGACAAGGAGACCAUGGCGGCACAGAGAAUGGACGGCCUACCCAGUAAGCGUCGUGACGCCACUGUUGAGGAGAAUCUUGCUCGGUUCGAGGAAAUGAAGAAGGGCUCCCCAGAGGGUCUUGGUUGGUGUAUCCGUGCCAAGAUCUCCGUGGACGACAAGAACAAAGCUCUUCGUGACCCGGUAAUUUAUAGGUCCAACCCGGACGUUCAUCACCGAACUGGGUCGAAGUGGAAGAUCUACCCCACUUAUGACUUUGCAUGCCCCAUUGUCGACUCUAUUGAAGGUGUCACUCAUGCUCUUAGAACGACUGAGUACCGUGAUCGGAACCCUCAGUACCAAUGGAUGCUGGACGCCCUCAAACUUCGCCACGUGCAGAUUUGGGACUUUGCUCGCAUGAACUUCAUCCGAACCCUGCUGUCCAAGCGCAAGCUUACUAAGCUUGUCAACGAGGGCGUUGUUUGGGGCUGGGACGAUCCAAGAAUGCCUACGAUCCGGGGAAUUCGGAGGAGAGGAAUGGUAAUUCCAGGACUUCGUGAAUUUAUUCUCAGGCAAGGCCCUAGCAAGAACAUCACGAACUUUGACUGGACCCUUAUUUGGGCGACGAACAAGAAAUAUAUCGAUCCGGUUGCACCGCGUCAUACUGCCCUUCUCCAGAAAGACGUUGUCAAGGCCAAUGUUACAGGAGUGCCCGCACCCUAUACCGAGGAGAAACCUAAGCAUAUUAAGAACCCUUCGAUUGGCACGAAGAAGGUCGCUUACAGUGGCUGUGUCAUUCUUGACCAGGAAGAUGCCAAGAGUUUCAAGCAAGACGAGGAGAUUACUCUCAUGAAUUGGGGCAACGCCAUAGUGCGGAAGAUCGUGACUGACCCGAGCUCCGGUAUUGUCAAAGAGCUUGAGUUGGAGCUGCACCUGGCAGGUGACUUCAAGAAGACUGAGAAGAAGGUCACUUGGCUAUCUACCGACCAGGAACUGGUCCCAGUUGAAUUGGUUGACUUCGAUUAUCUUCUGAACAAGGACACCUUGCAAGAGGAUGACGCUCUGGAGGAUGUCUUGAAUAAGAACACUGAAUUCAGAGAGGCCGCUACUGCCGACUGCAAUGUUGCCGAGCUGAAGGAAGGCGACAUCAUCCAGUUCGAGCGCAAGGGAUUUUACCGCGUCGACAAAGCUUACGCCCCGGGCCAGCCGGCGGUUUUGUUCUACAUUCCCACUGGAAAGACCGGCGGUAAAUAG